UUCGAUCAUGUUAACAUAUGAAAAUAUAACGCAAAUAUGUCGCAUCUGCCUCCGGCCAUUGUUUGAGCUUAGUGAGCAGCAAUUUUCGAUAAUACCGCCCAAUAAAGACAACGCUCAAUUGGCAAAUCUGCUCAAGACAUUUUUGGCCAUUGAUCUGCUGCAACAACCGGCGACAUUCCCCCAGCGUAUUUGUAACCUCUGUUACAGUGCCCUACUACACUUCCAACAGCUCUGCCUGGUUGCCCAACAGAGCACAGAGACGCUGACGCAUUUAAGCACCAUUAACACUGCCAAUGACACAGCUGACAAACAGCAAAAACUGUUGAUAACGGAAAAUGAGCCUUGGGAAGACAACUGUAGCGAUACAAUUUCAGUGAAAGAGGAACCGUUGGACUUGGAUUUAGAUUUGGAAUUUGAGCAGGAGGGGCAUGAUGAGCAGGAUGGAUGUAUGGGUAAUGAAGAAGGUGAGAAAGAACAGGAACAGCAGGGUGAUAAUGUGGAGGACACAUUGAAUGACGAUUCAGCCAGUUCCACACACGCAGUUAACAAUAAAAAAGGCAAACUGCUAGCAUGCCAGCUAUGUGGCAAACAAGUCUAUAAGCUGCCCUAUCUGGAGGCUCACAUACGUAGCGUCCACGAAGGCCAUUCCAAGCCAUUCCUAUGUCGUGGCUGCAAUAAAUCCUACACACGUUAUGAACAGCUCCGCUCCCAUAUGCGCAACGUCCAUCCAAACAGUCCCUUGGCCAACACUUCCAAUGAUCCUUCCGCACAACAGGAUCAACCACUGGAGCAGCAGCGUCUCAUUUGUGAGCUCUGCAAUCGCCAAUAUAGCACAAAGAAUGCUCUGGGCGAACACUUAAAGCGUCAUGCGCAAUUCAAGCAGCACGUGUGCGAACAUUGUGGUGUAGCCAAAGUAACACGCACUGAGCUCCUGACUCAUCUGCAAGUCCACAACCCCGACUGGCAAAAGUUCAAAUGUGAACAAUGCCCGCAGCUGUUCCGCCAUAAGAGCGCCAUUACCCGACAUGUACGCGUUGUACACGAGGGCCAACGACGAUAUAAGUGCACCUAUUGUCACAGACGCUUCGGCACUCAUGCCUCACAGCUGCGUCACGAGAAACUACACGAGGGUGAGCUACCGCACCAGUGUAAGGUGUGCGGCAUGCGCUUUGCAGAUUUGGAUCGCUUGACUACACAUAUGUGCGCCCAUGAUUCCAAUUUGUGGCCAUACACUUGCGUGCAUUGCUCCAAAUCUUGCACUACACGCCAAAAUCUUGUAAUUCACGAGCAACGGCAUGCUAGUAAGAAACCUCACAUUUGCAACACUUGCAGUCGUGGAUUUAUCAGCGAACUUCUCCUGGCUCAGCAUAAGCAGAUUCCCUGCAUUGAGCGCUGCAGCAAUGUGCGUACUACUGAGGACACGGAAUCAGGCACAACAUAAAAUAUACAUUUUUCCUACGUUCCUUCUAAAUUUUUAAAAUUGUAUCAAAUCUGUUCAGUAAAACAACAUAUUUACAUUCGAAAAUUACUAACGGCCUUAAAAAUUUAAUUUGAAUUAGCGGGCUCCUAUCGAU